AUGGCGGCCCGGCCGGCCAAGAAGCGGCCAGCGCGCAGGCGCGCCCGAGGACCCGCAGGUGGGCGUGGCCAAGAGCCGGAAGGGCCCUUUCCUACGGGCCCUCCCGGAAACGCGGCGGGCCGGAACUGCCUGGAGCUCCUGCCUCCAGACGGAACCUCGCGUUGCUCGGCAACCGGUGCGUGCCCGGCGGACUCGCUCCACGCUCCCCGGAGCAAGGCUGGAGUAGCGGCUCCCUGCUGCGCAGGCCCCCUCGCGUCGCGCCCGCUUCCCCGAGAGCCGCGUCCUCGCGCGUCGCGGCAUCCCUGCCCUUGGCACUAUUUACACGUCUCCGGCUCCCUCGACUCCUUAAACCCCACCUGCCUCAGAGCCCGCCUCCACCGAAGGGGCGGCGGUUCGACCCCCGACAUGGCGUCGGCGAUGACAGACCGCAAUCCUCGGGCGACCGAGGCCUCCGGCACUUACACCUACACCAGCAGGCCCCGGGCCGUGCCUUGCCAGCGCCGCCGCUACCGGGACAGCCUGUUGCAGUCACCUGACGAACCUUUGAAUUACGGGAACAUAAUGUAUGACAGAAGGGUCAUCCGAGGCAACACCUAUGCCCUGCCCACAGGCCAGGUGCCCGGUCAGCCUGAUCCUCUAGAGCUUCAGCGACAGCAGCAGGCCAGGAGGAGGGCUCUUGCCAGAAAACGAGCCCAAGAGCAGCUCCGACCACGAACGCCUGAGCCCGUGGAGGGCAGAAAGCACGUGGACGUGCAGACGGAAUUAUACCUUGAAGAAAUUGCUGACCGUAUAGUGGAAGUCGACAUGGAAUGCCAGACAGAUGCAUUUCUGGACAGACCACCGACUCCACUCUUCAUUCCUGCCAAAACUGGCAAAGAUGUGGCCACUCAAAUACUAGAAGGAGAGCUCUUUGACUUUGACCUCGAAGUCAAGCCAAUGUUACAAGUUCUGGUGGGGAAGACGAUUGAGCAGGCCCUUCUGGAAGUGAUGGAAGAGGAGGAGCUGGCCAACCUGCGGGCCAGUCAGUAUGCAUAUGAGGAGAUCCGGAACAUUGAGCUGGCUGAAGUGCAGCGGCUGGAAGAGCAGGAGAGACGACACCGAGAAGAAAAGGAACGCCGUAAGAAGCAGCAGUGGGAAAUUGUACAUAAGCACAAUGAGACGGCACAGAAGAUCUCGGCUCGUGCGUUCGCACAGCGGUACCUGGCUGACCUUCUCCCGUCCGUCUUUGACAGUCUCAGGAACAGUGGCUACUUUUAUGAUCCAGUUGAAAGAGAUAUUGAGGUAGGAUUCCUUCCAUGGCUGAUGAAUGAAGUUGAAAAAACCAUGGAACACAGCAUGGUGGGAAGAACCAUGCUUGACAUGUUGAUCCGUGAAGUGGUGGAAAGAAGGCUAAACAAUUACGAGCGUAAGGAAGGCAUGCAGCCCCCUGCGAGGUCGGAUGAUGUGUUCAGUGGUGCCGACUCGGCGACAGAUCCCUCGGUGAGUUUAGAGUUACAGGAGCCAACCAUGUCCCAGGUCCAGAAGCCAUUUUCAGAGAGAGGCUCCACACAGAGAACACCAUCCCAAGAGAAGAAGCCAGUGGAAGAGGUGGAGCCUUCUUGGCAGACUGACCAAGAGGAACUGAAGGAGUCUGUAGGAGAGGAGCGGUCACAGUCAGAAGAGUUCUGGGAGGCAAGAAGCAGCUCGGCAGCUGGUCAGUAAUUUAUAGUCAGGUACUGGUGCGUGACCCCAGACGUUAGAAAUUAUGUGAUAUUUAUCCAUCAAAUCAAUUAUGAUACAAAAUAAAACUGAUAAAAAAGA